AUGUCUAGGUUCCCAUUCUCCUCCAUCCCGCUUGCAGUUCGACGUCUCCGAUUUCCUGUUCACAUUCGAGUCAUCACGCUUGUACCAUUAAGCGCUGCGGAUGUCCAUGUCAAGACCAUAAUCCAUAUGCUCAUCCCUGCUUGCUACUUCCACGAGAUCGCUAUUCCAUGCCUCAUGACCGCCAUCCAGAUCCGCAUUCAAUCGUUCCACCACGUCUUACGAUGUCGCUUGGCUCCGUGUUACCACCGUCACAGCCUGCUUGCUCCCAACCGCACCUCGCAGCAGCUGUCUCUCUGGUUUGCUCCCUCCAAUCUUAUGGUGGAUUGGCCUCGUUCAUCCUCUUCAACACCUAUACUAGCAGUACCAUUACCACGAGGGUCCGACAUUGCGAGCUCAUGA